CCACCACCGCCGCCGCCAUGGACGAGGACGAGUUCUACCUGUUCAGGAACCAGUCGUCGGUGGGGCCCUGGGAUGGGCCCCAGUACCACAUCGCGCCCAUGUGGGCCUUCUACCUGCAGACCAUCUUCAUGGGCUUGGUGUUUGUGGCGGGCACCCCCCUGAACGCCAUCGUCCUCAUCGUCACCAUCAAGUACAAGAAGUUGCGGCAGCCGCUCAAUUACAUCCUGGUGAACAUCUCCGUCAGCGGCCUCAUGUGCUGCAUCUUCUGCAUCUUCACCGUCUUCGUCUCCAGCUCCCAGGGAUACUUCGUCUUCGGGAAGCACGUGUGUGCCUUUGAGGGCUUUUCAGGGGCCACCGUAGGGCUAGUGACAGGCUGGUCCUUGGCCUUCCUGGCCUUCGAGCGCUACAUCGUCAUCUGCAAACCCUUCGGCAACUUCCGCUUCAACUCCCGCCACGCGCUGCUGGUCGUGGCGGCCACCUGGAUCAUCGGCGUGGGCGUCGCCAUCCCCCCCUUCUUCGGCUGGAGCAGGUACGUCCCCGAGGGGCUGCAGUGCUCCUGCGGCCCUGACUGGUACACGGUGGGCACCAAGUACAAGAGCGAGUACUACACCUGGUUCCUCUUCAUCUUCUGCUUCAUCGUCCCCCUCUCCCUCAUCAUCUUCUCUUACUCCCAGCUGCUCAGCGCCCUGCGGGCCGUGGCGGCACAGCAGCAGGAGUCGGCCACGACGCAGAAGGCCGAGCGGGAGGUGUCACGCAUGGUCGUGGUCAUGGUGGGGUCCUUCUGCCUGUGCUACGUCCCCUACGCGGCGCUGGCCAUGUACAUGGUGAACAACCGCGAGCACGGCAUCGACCUGCGCCUCGUCACCGUCCCUGCCUUCUUCUCCAAGAGCUCCUGCGUCUACAACCCCAUCAUCUACUGCUUCAUGAACAAACAGUUCCGCGCCUGCAUCAUGGAGACGGUGUGUGGCCGGCCCAUGUCAGACGACUCCGACGUGUCCAGCUCGGCCCAGCGCACCGAGGUCUCCUCCGUGUCCUCCAGCCAGGUCGGCCCCAGCUGAGGGGCUCUGGCACC